AUGAAAGCGCUACUCCUCGGCAUCAUAGCCAAUCUGGCACUUCUAAACUCCGCUCAAGAAGCUUCCACCUCCAGUGGAAAGUGUCGGAUACCGGAAUUCCCCGCCGAGCACAUAUCGGCGAUAGAUACAUUCUUCUUACAAAUUCGUACUUUGGCUGCGAAAGGUGAAAAUUAUUCGCCAGAAAUAUCGCUGGGCCCGGGAGGACAAAUGUUCGGACUUAGGUUCAGUCAUAAUCUCUACCGCAAAGCUAUGAGUGAGGUUGAAACUUUCGGCACCUUGAACCCAACCGAUUACGGUCUGUUCAGAGUUAACCGAACAUUCAACUAUGGCGAUGCCUAUGAAGGUAAAUAUACUGCUGUGGACGGCCUAGCAAACCUCUUGGAAACUAUCGAGCCAGUCAAGAAUCAGAUGAUAUAUCCAAAUGCAACAGCAUACGGAUGUGGAAUGACAGUUUUCCCGAAGGAAAAUAACGAAUGUGAAAUGUAUGUUGUAUGCAUCUUUGACAAAAGUGCUCCGGAAAAUUAUACAAUGCAAGGCGACCCUUGUAAGGAGGACAAGGAUUGCCCCCAAGGAUCGACACCUGCGAAAUGUAUCGUUCCUUUGUGUCACAGUCAAGAGUGA